AUGACAGCUAAGAUUGAAAAAAAAGAUUGCACCUGCUCACUUUCUAGCAACCUUAAGAGGAUAUUUAUAACCAUUCUUGUUGCUGCCAUUUCUUUGUCAUCCGCCAUUUUCAUUCUGUCCUCUUCGGAGAAUUUGAAUUACUUCACAGCAAAUUUUAUAAAGGAUCUUAGUUUUAAACUCCAUAGCAAUGAUUCAACUGAUAAUGUGGAUACUGUCUCAUAUCACUCCACAAAUAUAUCAACAAAAGGAUGUGUAUUUCCGGAUGUUGAUAUGUACCACCCUGACGUCAUCAAGUUAGCUGGGCUUAGCAAAACGACACUCCGGUGUGCAGGAUUUAUGCCGGAUCUGACGUAUAUUCAACAAAAUAAGCUGAUAGUCAACAAGUCUAGAAUUAAAUCAGAUUUUAAAUCAUGUAAAUACCGUGAGAUUUUCAAACAUCCGGAUAACGACAAUCAGGCGAAAUUCGGCGAAUGGGGGAAGGCUUUCAACACAAGCGUCCAACUCUCGGACAACUCCGAGUUUCUGCUCGUAGUCUGUGAAGACAAAGCGUCUAAAACGAUAUCAAAAACGUACUACGCUCUUACCCCAUCACGCGACAACAUGUCGAAACUCAAGCUUAAAAAACGGCUCAAAAUGGUUAAACCUAAAGAAACGCUUAACGUCAUGAUGAUUGGGAUGGACGGUACGUCUAGACACCAAUACAUUCGGUCGAUGAAUCUCACGUAUAAUUAUUUAAUGAAAGACCUGAAUUCAUUUGAUAUGACUAUGUACACACAACUCGGGUUAAACACGUUCCCGAAUUAUCUCCCUUUACUAACUGGCUACAGUGAAGACGAGAUAGUUGAGUGGUGGGACAGGAGUUCUCACACUGAUGAAUUUGAUCUGAUAUGGGGCGACUACAAGAAAGCAGGGUACAAGACAUUAUUCAGUGAAGAUGUUCCGUCUAUCGGCGGCUUCCAUUAUCAAAGAAAAGGAUUUUCAGUCCCACCCACUACUUACUACAGCCACCCCAUCUGUUUGGCAAUGGAAAAAGACAAACAGUUCUGGAGUUCGGGUCAUCACUGCGCCGGAAAUCAACCGGAAAUCAACUUUCAUUUAAAUUACGUUGAACGUUUUUUCGACAGUUUUCCCGACAGUCCGAAAUUCGCUAUGGUGUUCCUGACUAAGUUAACACACGACGACAUGUCCAAUUCUAAAAUGGCGGAUGAACAUAUGUUGGCAUUUUACAAAACUUUGAGGGGGAAAGUUUAUUUUAACAACACCUUGAUAAUCACAUUCUCGGACCAUGGACCUAGGCUGGGUCCGAUUCGAGCUUCUAUAAAUGGAAUUGUGGAAAGCCGGGCACCUUAUUCGAUCUUAACUAUCCCCAAGUGGUUUCUUGACAAAUACCCAGACGUUGCUGAAAAUAUGAGGAGAAAUACUCAUCGUUUAACGACACAUUAUGACGUUCACGCUACGUUACAAGACUUGUUGUAUUUUAAAGCAAGUGGUAUCGUCCCACUCACACCAAGAAAACACGGCACCAGUCUGUUUAAUGUUAUACCAGAAUCUCGCACGUGUGAAGACAUCCCAAUCCCAUUGGAAUAUUGUCUGUGUAAUCAGGCUCAAAUGCAGGUGGUCUCUUUACAUCCAAAUACAACUAACGGAUUGGGUGAACUCCUUUUGAAAAAAAUUAACUCCAAACGCAAUAAAGAUAAAUGCGUCGAACUUAAGCUCCAGACCGUUUUACAGAUUGUUAGAAUUAAAUUUCCUACUCUCAAAACGAAGGAUAUCAACCUAUAUAAAAUAAAACUUCAAACUUUCCCAGGCAACGCGGUCUACGAAGGGACAAUACGAACUUUAAAAGUUGACGAGUAUUCACUAGAUAAACACAUUGCUGAGUUUAAUUCUAAGGGAAGUAACCCAAAUAUAUUUCUCGGGGAAGACUUCGAUCGCCUCACUUUGUACAGAGGGCAGGCGGACUGUGAAGAAGAUGCAUCGAAGAAGCCUUAUUGUUAUUGCCAGAGCUUGGUCAAGUCUUAA